AUGAAAUGAAACUGAUAACGAACGAAAGAGAACAAAAACAAGAGCGCAACCAUUGCAAUGCGAUUGAGAAAAUCAAAUCCCUAAUAAUUCAAUCAACAAUUUCAAUUUCAAUUUCAAUCGAAUCGGGGUUUAACUCUAUUGUAGAAGUAUAAUUGUGCAUGAUCAUAAUCCACAUAGCACCAAUCGAUCUAUCUUUACCUACCACAAAUUCAAUCUCAAUCAAUGGGGAAAAAUCAAGCCUACAAAGCUAUGCAAAGAGCCAGGCUUGGCGGUGCCUCCGGCGGCCCCGAUGAGGUUGAAGAUGGCAUGGUGGAUGGUUCAUUUCAUUCACCAGAGUGGCAUGCCGCUCGUUUGGCCAGCCUUAAAACAUCUCACACAAUUACAUGGGAAGAGUACAAAAAGAAACAAAAGGAAGAAGAACUGAAAAAGGGGGAGCUAGAAGCAGAUGCAGAUAGGAUGAUGAGGGAGUACAGGGCUCAACUAGAUGCUGAAAGGGCUCGCAAACUUUCCCAGGGAAGAAAUCACUCAAGUAGUAAGUCUAAACAUUCAAAAGAUAAGAGGGACAAAAUUUCGAAGAAGCAUAGCAGCAAAAAAAGAAAGCAUUCAAGAAGGUCUUCCCCAUCUAGCUCCUCUUCAUCAUCCUCAUACUCUUCUAGUAGUGAAGACGAAGAGAGAGCAUCAAAAAGAUCAAAGUCCAGGUCUAAGCGAUCAAAGAAGGAAAAGAGGCACAAGUCCAAAAGCAAGGAUUCUGGAACCGAUAGUGAAGAUGGUGGGGGACCAGUCCGUCUAUCAAAAUUCUUUGGGACAUCAAAAGUUGAUAGUGGUUAAAUACUUGGUUGUGUAUCAUAAAAUUGUUUUUCUGCAAAUAGUAAAUUACUAUCAGCUUUACUUUUAUGAUCAACGUAUUCUUUACGGAUUUGUAACUUAUGUUAUAUUCUGUGUUCUCUUUCAAAAAGUUUGUCUCUGGGUUAA